GGGAGGGGGCGGGGCCGGGCCGCCCGUGACGUGUGGAGCCUGAAGGAGAGCCGCAGUGACGGGCGCGGGAGGAGGAGGAGAGAGGGCUUUUACCUCAGUUUAUCGCCGUUUCCCGUCGACGGUUUCUCCUCAUACAACAUGUCCAGCCCAGGCCCCUCAAGCACACCCUCAGGGUCUGCCUCCUAUGGCAGCGGAGGCAACAACAGGAAGCUGCAGCAGACGCAGGCCCAAGUGGACGAGGUGGUGGACAUUAUGCGCGUGAAUGUGAACCGAGUCCUUGAGCGAGAUCAGAAGCUGACGGAGCUGGACGAUCGCGCUGACGCACUCCAGGCUGGAGCCUCCCAGUUCGAGACGAGUGCCGCGAAACUAAAGCGGAAAUAUUGGUGGAAGAACUGCAAGAUGUGGGCAAUAUUGAUAGCUGUCAUCCUGAUCAUCAUAAUCAUCAUAAUUGUUUGGCAGACCUCAUAAAUCUGACGAGUAUGCCCCCCCGCCCCACCCCAUCCUACUCCUUCUCCUGAUACGCCUAAUGGGAAUCGAGAGAAUCUUUUCCUAGCUUCCACUUGAGCUGUCUCCUCCACUGUGUUCUAAGAAGUUACCGUUUUCCUUUCAACGACUAUAUAUCCGCUUCAAUCUUAUUUUGAGUGGGGGAGGGUGAAGAAAAGAGGAAUGAGCGAGAGGUUUAAAUAUUAUCGCAAAUUGUAUCUGGAUGGACCAUCAGCCCUGACUCGUGGGUCUUCACUCCAAAGUCUUUGUCCUCAUCACCACUCACUGAGCUGUUUGAUGGAGGAAGCAAGUCUCUUCUCGUCCCGUCCCCGUCCCCCCCUCUUUCCCCUCGCCCCCAACACAAUGACUGCAACCCGGCUCCACUGUCUAGCAAUCGGCGACAUGGCUGCGUUUUGAGGUGGUGAAGAUUUCCAGCAAACAUGUUUGGAUUCUUGGCUUCUCGGCUCUCCCGCCCCUCGCCUCCACCCAAGGAUGCUGUUGUUAUACUGUGAGCUCCUCUUGGCUAUCUGAUUUAUUGCUGUAGCUGCUGUCCCUCUUUCUGGCCUGUUCAGGCGUGACUUUUUUUCCUCCUCUCUCUCUAUGUGCACUCCCACGCACAUUUUUAUUUCUUC